CCGGGAAAGAUGAAGAGCGCGUGCAGUCCCCGAAGGGUACAGCCUAGGGUUCCCCCCCACGCGAAGUUUCUCUCCGCAAUCCGUGCCACCUAUCGAGUAGGAUUCCUAGUGUUCGAUUCCUGUGAGAAAAGGUAGACUACGCUGCCUGUCGCAGGUUAGUUUGUUGUAAAACUGUUGGUCAAUGAAGUUGCCCUUUUAAUUGCGUCGUUAGCGACCGAGUGGCAUCGCCCCUUUAAGGCCGGUGGCAGCUGCGGUUCCGGGGGCGGGGUCCGUCUUCUGCAGGACUUGGGCUGGAGCUGGGCUGAUUCAUUCGGGGCUGGAACUCGAACGCUGACGUCGGCUCCUGAGCCGGGCGCUGCCUCGCUCCUGAUUGGCGGGUCCUCGGGGCCGCCCUCCCCAGCGCACCACCCCUGGGUUCCCUCCCGGGUCCGCAGUGGAAACACUGCCCUCUCCCUUCUUGACCCCUAGCCCUUCCUUCCCUCCCUCAUUCCCUCCUGUCGCCGUCUCUUCUGGCGCCGCUGCUCCCGGAGGAGCUCCCGGCACGGCGAUGGGUUCUCGGGCCUCCGCGUUACUGCGGGACGAAGAGCUCGAGGAGAUCAAGAAGGAGACCGGCUUUUCCCACAGUCAAAUCACUCGCCUCUACAGCCGGUUCACCAGCCUGGACAAAGGAGAGAAUGGGACUCUCAGCCGGGAAGAUUUCCAGAGGAUUCCAGAACUUGCCAUCAACCCAUUGGGGGACCGGAUCAUCAAUGCCUUCUUUCCAGAGGGAGAGGACCAGGUAAACUUCCGUGGAUUCAUGCGAACUUUGGCUCAUUUCCGCCCCAUUGAGGAUAAUGAAAAGAGCAAAGAUGUGAAUGGACCCGAACCACUCAACAGCCGAAGCAACAAACUGCACUUUGCUUUUCGACUAUAUGAUUUGGAUAAAGAUGAAAAGAUCUCCCGUGAUGAGCUGUUACAGGUGCUACGCAUGAUGGUCGGAGUAAAUAUCUCAGAUGAGCAGCUGGGCAGCAUCGCAGACAGGACCAUUCAGGAGGCUGAUCAGGAUGGGGACAGUGCCAUAUCUUUCACAGAAUUUGUUAAGGUUUUGGAGAAGGUGGAUGUAGAACAGAAAAUGAGCAUCCGAUUUCUUCACUAAAGGAGACCAAACUGUUCCUUGCGGUCUAGUAUUUAAGAACUGGAACUUGAAAGUCCUCCUUCCAACAAUUCCACCUCCACCCCCUCAUUCCCCUUCUCCCAAAGUACUACUGCUGUUGCAUGACAACCCCAAAUAUGUUCUGUCAACACAAACCUGCCUUUGGUGUAUAAACAGGGCAUUACAGAAUGGUACACCCUAUAUAUUUCUGUUCAGUAUCCAUUCACUAGUUCUUCAUUUAUAAAUAUCAUCUUCCCCAUUCUGCUGCUGAAUGCCACACAUCCAUCCAGUCUGAGAAAGUGAGAGAGGCAAUCAUGCCAAGAACAAGCCAGCAAAGCUCUUUCACCAGAUGUAGACUGUAGCCCUGCUGCCUUCCCUCCAGCGAGUCUGCCAGCAUGCUUCUUCAUCCUUUUUAUAUGUUCUUUGCUUCCUACUUCCCUGUCUUCCAACAUACUGUUCACUUACUCUGGCAGUCUUUCUGCUUUUCAUUAAGCCUCAAAAUCUCCUCUGUUCUACUUGGCACCACAAGCUAUGUCCUAUAUAUGUAUUUCUGACUUGGCAGGAUAGUUCAGGGGUCUGGCAGUUUUUAUUUACCUUCAUUAUUAAAUGGGCCUCUGGGAUGUUGCCUCUCCAGGAGCUUUUUGGUAAUCAAUACUUCUCUCAGAAGUAUGAGACCAUCCUCUGCACUCUGCUCUGUCAUCAAAGGCUGCUGGGUGGAGAUACCCUUUUUGAAAGGUGGCCUUGGUGAGAGGUAUGGAGUCAAGUCUUCUAGGUUGCUUGCCCACAUCACUCUACCUCUGGCCUCUGAUUCUCAACUUUGUACCUGUGUGGCUCCUCUUGUUAGUGCAAUGUUGACUGUUGAAAAAGCAGCAGUAUGCUUACAGGUUUGCUUAGUUUGGGGACACCAUUACCACCAGAAUGGCUGCUCUGACAAUAUGCCUAGGGACUUUCUCAUGGCUUUUUUUUAACAAGGAGGCUGGGCACCCUAUAAAGCCUCAUGCAUUCACACCUUUGCAGCAUGGUUUAUGCCUCAGUGUUAUGUGCACUGGAAUGUUUUCCACUUCACAUUUCCAAGUAGAAAUAUUAGUGUUACGGAAGUGCCUAAUAUCCCAGUCCAAAUUUUUUUUUUUUUUUUUUUGAGACAGAGUCUUGCUCUGUCACCCAGGCUGCAGUGCAGUGGUGCGAUCACUCACUGCAACCUCAGCCUCCUGGGUUUAAGCGAUUUUCCUGCCUCAGCCUCCCAAGUAGCUGGAAUUACAGGUGUGCACCACCAUGCCCGGCUAAUUUUUUGUAUUUUUAGUGGAGACAAGGUUUCACCAUGUUGGCCAGGCUGGUCUCGAACUCCUGACCUCGUGAUCCGCCCGCCUCAGCCUCCCAAAGUGCUGGGAUUACAGGUGUGAGCCACCACGCCUGGCCCCAGUCCAAAAUAUUUAAAGAUUGUUUCCUUAGUGUCUUGAAGUUUUGCACAAAAUUCUUUUUUUUAAGAUGGAGGCUCACUCUGUCACCCAGGCUGGAGUGCAGUGGCGUGAUCUUGGCUCAUUGCAACCUCUGCCUCCUGGGUUCAAGCAAUUCUCCCACCUCAGCCUCCCAAGUAGCUGGGAUUACAGACGUGUGCCACCAUACCUGGGUAAUUUUUGCAUUUUUAGUAGAGAGGGAGUUUUACCAUGUUGGCCAGGUUGGUCUUGAACUGCUGACCUCAGGUGAUCCUCCUGCCUCGGCCUCCCAAAAUGCUGGGAUUACAGGCAUGAGCCACCGUGCUCAGCCGCAAAAUUCUUUAUGAAUUUUACACUUGGCAAAUGUUAAUGAUGGAAGCCAUAGUCUGCUCCUAAUACAUGUCCAAAGCAUUGACUGUUGUGUCAUUAGCUGCCUGGUUACAUUAGCUCCCUAGCUCCUUGUUUAGACCACUGCUAAUCCCUUAAAAACAAGAGGUCUGGCACUAGUAGCACAACCUAAGGUGGCAUUACAGGUCUUUGAGCGAGCCACAGCAACUUUUCUGCCAAGUCAGCUUAGUUUAGACUUAAGUGAAUCAGGCUAUUGCUAUCCUAAUGUAUGUCUCUAUGAGUGUAUUUAGCCACACAUCUGCCCUUGGCUGACUUUCUGACUCAUUGCUUGCUUUGGAAAACUAUUGAAGAUUGCUAAAAAAUACCACUGCAAAGUGAUGGAAAAGGGUGGAGAACAGGGGAGUAGCCAGGCUGGAUGGCUCAAAUAUAAAUGAAUGAGGAAUUCUUUAUGAAAUAUCAGUCAGAUUUUAUGAUUAAGUGAUGUAAUAUAGGAAUUAUGUAAAAGGGAAGAAUGUCUGAUACUGAUCUAUUAGAGAGGUACUUUAGAGGCUUCUUGAUUGGCAUAAAGUUCCUAAGGUUAUAGCUUUUCCCCCCUUUUGGCUGUAUAGCAAAGUGUUUUAAUCCACGGUUGUGCCUUAUUGUUCCAUUAAAAUUGUAUCUUCGAUCCAUCAAUAAAUACUUGUGGUUGAAACAAAA